AAGAAGAAGAAGAAGAAGAAGAAGAAGAAGUGAAAUCAGGUGCUCUUAUGUUGUUGAGUGACUAUUUUUAGGUAUUUCGGAAGACUUGUCCAGAUCGGACGUGAUGUCUGCUCAUGUGUCCAGAGUCCGCCGGCUGUAUAAGCGGAUUCUGGUCCUUCACCGGUUCCUGCCCCUCCACCUGAGGGCUCUGGGGGACCAGUAUGUGAAGGACGAGUUCAGAAGACACAAGGAGGCGACAGCAGAGGAGGCGGACAGUUUCAUGACCGAGUGGCAGAAAUACAAGGACACCCUGCAGACACAGGUCCUGGAGUCGUCAGGAAGUCCGCGUGGCUCUGUGGUGUUUGGCACGGACCUGUCAGAGGAGAAGCUCAGCCACUUCCAGGAUGAACAGAUCUGUCAGCUGUAUGAACUCAUGUUGGAAUCCACCAAACCCAACAAACAGUUUGAUAUCUGAGAUGAAGACUUUAAGUUCUGCUCAGACAGAAGGAAAAUGACUAAUUUGGGCCACUUGCGUAUUAACUCUGAGUGCCUCACAUGAAGAGUGGAGCUUAAAGGCUAAAGAGAGGCUUUUAAGCAUAUCUGAUUAUGCUAAAGUGGUGUGUAAUAGUUUGGUUCCUCUGCUCGGCUUGUUUGCUGUCACAAUAAAAAGGUUCUGGUGCUCCUCUAGAGGUGCAUUAGGUCUGCACUAA